CUGAGACCUUGAUUUUGACGAUUAUCUAAAGCAGGGAUGCCUGCAGAUUUCAAUGGUUACUGGAAAAUGGUCAGCAAUGACAAUUUUGAGGAGUAUCUGAAAGCACUGGAUGUAAAUGUUGCCGUAAGGAAAAUAGCAAACUUGCUAAAACCUGACAAAGAAAUCCUUCAGAAUGGGGAUCAUAUGAUCAUUAAAACGCUAAGCACUUUUAGAAACUACAUCAUGGAAUUUGAUGUAGGAAAGGAGUUUGAGGAGGAUUUGGCUGGGGUGGAUGAUCGCAAAUGCAUGGUAAGAAUUAGAACUGUAACAAUUAAUAAUAAUAACCUGAGGCCUUUCUCACACCACAUCUGUUAA